UGUACCGUCUGUCGUAAAAUUUUCUCGUGAAGUACAUACCUCUCUGUGUUACGAAAAACAUCACCUGGUUUUACCCUGUAGAGGGCGUUAUGAGGCAUUUUUUACCUACAAAAUCCUGUUUUUUAAAUGAUCUAAAAAAAUACAAAUUUUAUAGUUUUCAUCACAGUUAAGUAAUACUGUGUUUACAGCUCAAAAAGCACCCAUGUUUGGGUGCACUACCCCUUUAAAUUCAGAGAGACUACAGAUAAACAAAAAGCAGGUAUAAACUCACACUGUCAUUAAAGGCAGAAUCUGUAGGAUUUCACGGCAAUUCUUUCCAACACCAGGUGGCAGUAAUAAAAAAAAGCACAACUCCGUCACCUCCACAAACCUCCACAGGGUGGCAGUAAUGAGUAAUACUCCUCACCCCUCCCACCCCCAAUUCACACAGCAGCGCCACUUUCAUCUCCACCGUCCACAAGACUUAUUUAGGAGCUGAGAUGGCAUCCAGUUUUUCAACUCCAAGUGAACCAGUAAGUAACUGUUUAAAUAAGUUCUGCCUCACGCUGAAAAUUGUAAUUUACUAUGUUGUUUUGCGAAGUAGUACAUGUUAAAAUUGCAAUGCAGUAUUAUGGAAUAAACAAUGCUAGUAAAUGAGGCAAAGCUAUGUGAUUAGCUAUCUAGUUGCUAGGUUAAUUAUAACGUUAUAAAUAUGUUUGCAAAUAUUCAGCUAAUAUUAGACUGACUUAGACUAACAGACUGACACGAUAACACGAUGCAGAAUUUGCAGGUUUGAAUGUUGUUACAGAUACGUCAGUCUGUGCACUUGUGUUUUCAGAGUGACGAGGACGAUGUGUCACAAAGUUCGCAGCGUUUGAGCCGAGGCAGGUCCGGUGGACGGUCGAGAGGACGAGCAAGAGGGUUCAGGGUACGAGGCAGAGGCCGAGGAACACGAGCUGUAGCUUCCAGCGCUGAGCACUCGGAUAGAGUUGAACAGUAUCGCCGUGACCGUUUGGCUGCCACACAGAGACUUCUUGAUGACAUGACUGCUGAGUACCUAAGAAGGCUUGCAUCACAGCUCGUCGUAAGGCAACCAGGCCUGAUUUUUGAUCUUCUAUUGCAACAGAGCAAUUCAAGCGUCUCAGAGGCAGCUGGAGUCCCAGGAAUGCCCUGGUGUACUUGUGGGUUAUGCAGGGAGAUGCCAACCGACAGGGAGAGGAUCUGCUGUGGUCAGACACCAGCUAAUUGCAUCAGCAAGCUACCACAUUUUACCCAAUAUUGCCUUGAAGGAUAUCUUAGGAUACAUAGGCAUUAUCGAGAAGAUGUGACAGCACUUGGCCAUGCAACAGAGCCAGGUGAUAACAGGCAGUACCGGUAUGCCGCCUAUAGGCAUUUCAUAUAAUGGAAGCACGGCUCCCUGGGAGCAGGAAAUCGGCGUGUCAUCCCCAGUUGUUGUGUGUGGGCUAUUAGAGAAAAGUUUCCUGAUCCACACAGACAGUACACUGGUUUUGUUCCUGGCAUAUGAUUGUGUUUUUAGGUAAACUGCAAAUUAAUAACAAAUCUGUGAAAUUUUAUAGAUUGUACAUAAUUAUUGUAUAAUUUCUGUUCACUUAUAACUUUGUAUUUUGUUUUUCAUUUAUGUACAGUUAUAUAACUUAAUUUGGGAUAGUUUGUUUGUAUUUAUACCUUUUUGAUUAAAAUAUACUCAAAUUUA